GCAGCAACGAAAUCUUCAAGCGUUAAUCGUGUAUAUCUUUUUUAAAAAUACACAGGGUGUUCUGUUGUGUAGGGACGAUUUCGUGUUGAUAUUAUUUUAAAAAGUCUUGUUUUUCGUUCAUUGUUUUUUAAAUUGUUCUCCAAAAGAAAGUUCAAGGUGACAUAUGGAUUUAGGCUGUAGACAUUGAAAUGGGAUUUAAGUGUGCUUCGUACAAUGAGUAAUAAUACAUCGUGACAAAAUGGCCGAAUGAAAUAAUAAUGGCAUGUCUGAACGUAGUAUAUCAAAUAAAGUUUAUUUUACGGAAGUACACCAGUGUAAAUAGUUUAAUUUAUGAUGGCAUAUAAUUCGUUGCUACCACCAGAACUUCAAGCUGUGUAUCAGCAACAAUAUGGCGGCGGAGGGGCAGACGGCUUCCUUUCGCAACAAUCUGAUGCUCAAGCCGCAUCCCAGAUGACGUAUUAUCACGAAGGACAACUUCCAGGAGCUUCUUAUGCCCCUAUGCAACAAACCUACGCAUCUCCGCCUAUUUAUGGCGGACCAGAACUUUAUCAACAGCCCGCAACGGUGACAGAAGUGCAACAAACGCCAGUGCAAGAACCAUACCAAACUCCAUUACCCAAUGCUCAGAAUUUUUCAAGUCAACCUGUAAUGGGACAUUAUAACCCCCAGCCAUUCGCCCCUCAUGUUGGACAGUCAAUGACUGGUGCUAUUCCCCCGCCCUUUAAACCAAUGCCUGUGUUACCACCGAUACAAAGUGGUGGGUUCCCCCCGCAUCCAGUACCAUUUAGUUCCCCUGCUGUUUUACAACAUCCAGCUAGAAGCUUUGGACAAUACACUUUAGAUGGAACUUUAGAAUACGGAAAGUUAGCGGAUGCGGGAGACUUUGCGGGAUCCUUCGACCAAAUACCAGGAGAUCUAAAACGCGAACUCGAAGAAACAUACGGGGUUUACCCCAGAACAGACGUGAAAAUAGCCAUAGAAAAUGGGCGAUAUCAUUUAUACGCGACACCAACUGGUCAAAAUCCGCGUGGUCGGGCAUUACCUCCGAUCAUGAGACCAAGAUUUGAGCAUACACCAAUGGAGUUACAGCCCAUGAGGCGCAGUGUUGGAUACCCCCGCCAAGUAUUCCCAAGGCCAGUUACAGGAUACAGCGAAGAUAUGGAGUCAGUCAACCUGUCUAGAGCCUCAAAUUACCACCAUCCUUUUAGGAGCAGUUCUCGACGACUUGUUCCGGGAAGAGAACCCAUGAUAUUUGACCACAAUCCGUAUUACGAAUAUGACGUAGAAUCGGCAAUAAUGGAAGACAUUGGAUACCCAUCGCCUCCUCAAAGAGUUUAUGCUGAUUAUCUGCGUUCUUCUAAACUUCCUGAUAGUUCCCGACAGCGGUACCGAUCGCCAACUCGUUAUACUGCCAGAUCGAAGCAACGGCGUAGUUAUUCCGAUGGACGCAGAAGUUAUUCAGGAAGGAUAUAGGGAUGAUGUUAGGUUAGAAAAGGCUAUACAAGGUAUAUUUCGUACACGAUAAACUGAAAACAGUAUGAAUUUACACCCUGGAAAUAUGUGAUAUAAUUUUAUUCAUUUUUGCUUCUUUUCAUUUCUCACGACCAUGAUCAAUUAUUUCAUUUGAUGUUUUUUUUAUUAUGUGUAUUUGACAUUUUGUGAAAGCGUGACAAUGAAUGAAGAUAUUGCGAUGUUUUGUUUAUGAACUUGAACUGAAUGUGAAACGUGUCCUGUAUAUAUUUAUCUUUAAAAAAACCCAACCAAACUCUG